AUGUCAUUUGAGAAUAGUUCAGACAAUGAUGGUGAGUCGUUCAGUUUUCCGGAAGUAUCUGUUCCACGUCCAGUUCGUUUUUGGUUGAUGCUUUUAUGCGAUAUUCCAUCAAUAGUUUGUAGCUUCUGUCUUAUUAUUCAUAUUAUAAUGAAUCGAACUCAACGACAUGCAUUACAUAAUCAUACCAUUCUUCUCCUACUAAUCUUUUAUUUGCCAAUUCAAUUAAUAGAUAUUACUUUUUAUCUUAUAUUCUUUUCGUAUGACUCUAUUCAACCAUCACAACCAUUAGUAUGUCUUCUUUGGUGGUUUGUUGAUUAUUGUUUCUAUGUUGGUGGAAUCGUUCUCAUGGCUUGGUUAGCAAUCGAACGACAUAUUCUCAUAUUUUAUGAUCGAUUGCUUUUAAAUCGAAGAGGACGUUUCCUUUUUCACUAUCUUCCUUUGAUUAUUAUAGUCACAUAUAUCCUUCUCUUCUAUCUGAUUGUCAUUUUUCUUUUACCUUGUGAGAAUAACUACCUUUAUACAGUUCUCGUAUGUGGUAGCUCACCAUGCUAUGAGUCUUAUGGUAUUCUUGGUAUGUGGGAAUUUAUUCUACAUGCAGCUACACCAGUUCUGUUAGAAGGUAUUGCUAGUAUUGCUCUUCUUUUACGUGUUCAAAUACAAAGACGACGACUUCGUCAAUCUAAUCAAUGGCGUAAGCAGCGGCGAAUGAUUAUUCAAUUACUUUUGGUCACAACCUUAAAUAUUGGUAUUAAUUUUUCAAAUUGUGCACUAUUUUGUGCACAAUUUUUUGGUUUAUCGCUGGAAUAUGGAGUAGAAGCUCAGCUUUAUUUCUCUUUUCUUGAUUACUUCGUUAUUUUUCUCUUUCCAUUUAUAUCUUUAAGUCAAUUUCCAGAUUUACGAAAAACAAUAAAAAAAAAAUUAUUGGGCGUAGUGCGACGACAACCACAUCAUACAGCCACUGUUACACAUACAAGAAGAGACAUACCAAUGAAUAGAAUGGCAUAA